UCUUCUAGCGGUAACAAAAACCUGGACAGUAGGUUUUUCUUGAUUCCAUUGCCAAGGGUCAGUCCUUUUCAAUGGAAUGGGUUCUACAACUGAGAUGAAAUGUCUGAACGCUCCUCAAGACGACGACAGCUGCAGCUCCAACAGCAACGACUUUGCGUACUCUGACUUUAUCGAGAGGAAUCCUCUCAAUGGGCAAUACCCAGAUGCUGAUUCAGAGAAUCAAAACUUCCUCUCUGAUCAUAACCCAAGCAAGAAGAAAUAUGAAACUGAACAUCACCACAGCAGGGCCUCAUUCAGCAUGUUUGUCUUGAACCUGUGUAAUGCCAUCAUGGGCAGCGGCAUCCUGGGUCUGUCCUUCGCUAUGGCCAACACCGGCAUCGCCCUGUUUGUGAUUCUCCUGGUUUCUGUUGCCAUUUUCUCCUUGUAUUCUGUCCACUUGUUGCUAAAGACAGCAAAUGAAGCAGGUGCUCUUGUUUACGAGUCAUUGGGUCACAAGGCCUUUGGGAUCCCAGGCAAACUGGCUGCUUCCUGCUCCAUCACCAUGCAGAACAUUGGAGUCAUGUCAAGCUACCUCUACAUUAUUAAAUACGAACUCUCUGUUGUUAUUCAGUCCUUUACUGGAGCAAGUGAUGGUGAAUGGUACAUCAAUGGAGAUUACCUUGUGAUUCUGGUCUCAAUUAUUGUUAUCCUGCCUCUCUCGCUGCUCAGGAACUUGGGUUACCUUAGUUACACCAGUGGUCUGUCUCUACUCUGCAUGGUGUUUUUUCUGAUUGUGGUGAUCAUAAAGAAGUUCCAGAUUCCAUGCCCUCUGCCUAUUCUUGACGCUGGAAAUGAAACCAUGCACAUGUUCAACAGCACCCCCCACAGCGACAAUGUCACUACAGAUGAUGACACUUGCAAGCCUAAAUACUUUGUCUACAACUCACAGACUGUCUAUGCUAUACCCAUCCUCACUUUUGCCUUUGUGUGCCACCCUACUAUCCUACCCAUGUAUGAUGAGCUCAAAGACCGGUCACGCCGAAAGAUGCAGAAUGUGGCCAACGUGUCCUUCCUGGCCAUGUUCAUCAUGUACCUGCUGGCUGCCCUCUUCGGAUACCUCACCUUCAACAUCCACGUGGGACCUGAGCUGCUCCACACCUACUCAAAGUUCUACAAGCACGAUAUUCUCCUGCUGGUUGUUCGUCUGGCUGUGCUGGCCGCCGUCACACUCACGGUUCCUGUGGUGCUCUUCCCUAUUCGUACCUCAGUCGGCCACCUGCUCUUCCCAAAAAAGGACUUCAGCUGGAUCCGUCACGUUAUUAUCACCCUGAGCCUGCUAGCAGGAACCAACAUUCUGGUCAUCUUUGUCUCCAGCAUCAGAGAUAUUUUUGGCUUCAUUGGUGCCUCUGCUGCUGCAAUGCUGAUCUUCAUCCUGCCCUCAGCUUUCUAUCUCAGACUGGUUAAGAAGGAGUCAAUGAAAUCCAUGCAGAAGAUUGGGGCUCUGAUGUUCCUGAUAUUAGGAUUUGCUGUCAUGUUUGUCUGCAUGACUCUUAUCAUCUACGACUGGAUCGUGAACUCUAUGAAAGAUCAAGGUCACUGAAGCU